UCCUUGACAUGCAAGAUAGUAAUAUCAAACAAGUCUGGAAGGAGAUCAAGAUACUCAGCAGGUUGAAAGUCCUUAAUCUAAAAAAUUCCAAAUUUCUCACCAAGACACCAAACUUCUUACAAUUCCCAAUUCUGGAGAUACUGAUACUUGAAGGUUGCACAAGUUUAGUUGAGCUUCAUGAGUCCAUUGGAAAUCUAGAAAGACUUGUUUUGCUAAAUUUAGAAGGAUGCCAUAACUUAAGGAAUCUUCCGGGAAGUACUUCUAACUUAAAAUCUCUUCAAAUUCUUAACUUGUCUGGCUGCUUAAAACUUGAUAAGCUACCAGAGCAAUUGGGGAAUAUGAUAGUUCUAACGAAAUUGCAUGCGGACAGAACUGCUAUUAUGCAACUCCCUGCCUCCUUUGGUCUUUUGAAGAAUCUCGAAACUGUGUCAUUAUCAGGAUGUGAAGGACAAUCUUCAAAAUCUUGGUUAUCGCGUUUCUCAUCGUGGAUAUCACCAAAAAGCUCCAAUCCCUUACAUUUCCUCCCAGCUUCCAUUUCUGGACUAUGCUCUUUGAGAAGGCUAGAUCUCUACGACUGCAAUCUGUCUGAAGAUGGGUUUCCAAUUGAUCUUGGGUGUUUGUCUUCACUCGAGGAAUUGGAUAUAGGAAGAAACAAUUUCCUUAAUCUACCUCAGUGCAUCGGCAGCCUUCCUAAGUUAACUACAUUGAUGUUAAGUGAGUGCGCGAGUCUUCAAUCAAUUUUAGAACUCCCCGCAAGUUUAUGGAUUUUAGAUGCAAGUGGCUGCACAUUAUUAGAAACACUCCCAAAUCUGUCGAACCUGAAAAGUUCGCCUCAUCUUUACUUAGCAUACUGUCAGAAAUCCGUUGAGAUUCAGAAAUCGGUUGAGAUUCAGAAAUUGGAGAGUUUGGAAAUUACAGCAAUAAUUCACCUGGCACAUUACCACAAUCAAAUUACAGAAAUUGGAGAGUUUGGAUAUAAUUUGAGGAGUCGUUUUCCUUCGCAGUUCCUGUCCAUGGGUGACAAGGAUCAAGGCAUUUUCCUCCCUGGUUGUGAGGUUCCAAAUCUUCGCUUGUGCCCUGAAAGGCACAAGCGAAAGGCACCGAGACACCGACAGAACUAUCUCGACGAAAGGCACCGAGACAUCAAGUUGUUUGUGUUAGUGAUGUUCCUGCUCUUGGUCACUUCAGUGGUGCUCAAGUCAGUGCAGCAACAAUUCUUGACAUUGCUAAUGAGAUAAAGUCCAAGACAAGAGGUCCUACCACAUGUGCUGUGAGAUAAAGUCCAAUCUAGAAGUAGCAAAGCAAAAUGAUGAGUGAUCAGGAAAGGAAGUUGAAUGGGUUCAGAACCAAAAAGCAAUUGGACCAACUCCCUGUAAUAUACUUUGGCAAGAUCUAUGAAAUGAGCCGGGCUGUGUAUGUUAAGAAGAGAAUUUGUAGCUUAAGUAUCACCAAAACAUGAGUGCUUCAAACUCGGAAUUCUUUCCCAGACUGGCUUUUGGGUACUGUUGAUUUCAUAUUCGAUGCAUACUGAAAGGAGAAAUUAUUAAAUUUAUGUUGCCAAAGGCUGAAAAUGGUCUGCAAUAUUUCAUACAAAAAUUAUGCAAACUAGCUGGAAACUUUUGUGCAGACUUCCUCAUAUUUUUAUGGAUGACUUCAGAACUAAUUGCUUCAGAACUAAACAGCAUGAUCUGCUUUGGGCAUACACAUAAAGUUAUGAUCUAUCUAAAAUUCCACUUAUCGUACCUAUUUAAUCUGACAUUUCUUUCUGCUUUACUAACAAUUCAAAUGAAAAGUAUGAACAAUGGCUGGAUUAUCUUCCCACUUAUUUGUACUGUCCUGAUUCUCAUUCAUUAUAACUCUUCUUUAUAAUGUAAAGUUUCAAAGCUGUUGAUAUUGCAGCUGAUAUAGGGUAUGACAUUUCCUGUCUUACUUUGCAUAAUUAAUGUCUAGUGCCACUGAUAAGUAACCUGUUUGUAUCUUUCUAUAAAGAAUACUUGCUUGUACUAGAAGAUAGGUCUUCUCUAAGGGAUAGAUGUUGUUUGCUCUUCUUUAUCCUUCUUGUUCUGCUGAAGUUUCUUUAUUCACUUGUGUUCUCCUGUUUUUAUGCUUUAGGAUUUCCUGUAGCAGAAAUAUUUUACAUUGGCUCCUUCAGGCUUAAGUGCCAUCUGUGCUAAUUCUGGUGAUUUGAGUCCCUCUUUCAUGUUUGUUGUUUAUGCACCAAAUAGCCCCUUGCUUCUUCAAGUUUAGGGGCAAGGAAGCUUUGAGAAAUGGGUAUCAUUGAAGAGUGCUAAAUUGAGAUUUUGCCACUAAUAACCUUUGUACUGUGCCAUGAACAAAAAAGUUCCUUGCACAACUCUGUUAUUGGACUUAAUAUGAUCUGUUGUUUGCUUUUUGUUGGGAAGACAUUUUGUUUAGGAAUUGAACUUGCCUUUCUAGGUAAUGCUCAGGAAACAUGGACUUGGUAUUUGGUGCCUUAAGCUAUCUAUGCAAUUUCUCUAUAUUAUGAAGCAAAGCAAAAUGAUGAGGU